AUGGAUCCCAUCACUAAACUAAGCACUAUUUUUACCAGCUUUGUGGUCUUUCAGCUUCUUUUCCACUUCGUAAGUUCUUGGUUUUCAGCAAAAAUUUCUCCAGCUUUUAGUAGUCUCAGCUUCGAAAAGAAAAUUGAAUGGCACUCAAGGAUAGUAUCUACAUGCCAUUCUUUAGUGGUUGGAGUUUUUGGCCUUUAUAUUUUAUUUUUUGAUGAGGCUACUAAAACUGAUCGACUUUGGGGUAAAUCAACGCUUGUGGAUGUGAAUCUUUCUAUUACUUGUGGCUACCUCAGCUCUGAUUUGUUGCUUAUCAUUUUUUAUUGGAGAGUGAUUGGUGACAAAAUGUUUAUAAUUCACCAUUGUACAGGGCUGUAUGCAUACUACUUUAUAUUGAACUAUGGAGUGCUGGCAUACGUUGGGAAUUUCCGCCUGAUGGCAGAGCUUUCCAGUCCAUUUGUAAAUCAGCGUUGGUUUUUUGAAGUUCUGAAGUACCCCAAGUUCUCCAAAGCCAACGUCAUCAACGGAAUACUCAUGACACUGGUGUUCUUCAUUGUGCGGAUUGCUGUGAUACCUCCUUUUUAUUUCUUCAUGUAUUCUGUGUAUGGAACCGAAGCCUAUGCCAGGCUUGGACUGGUAAUCCAGUAUUCCUGGAUUGGUAGCUGUUUCGUUCUAGAUGUGAUGAAUGUUUUGUGGAUGGUCAAAAUUACAAAGGGGUGCAUGAAAGUCAUCUCUCUCAUCAGACAAGAGAAUGCCAAAAGGCGUCUUCAAAAUGGAAAACUUGACUAA